AUGGCGGACACUGCAAAGUCGCCGGCACCGCAGCCGUCGCCGACGCGCAGACCACCAUCGCCGCCGGGCAUCGAGAAUCCACAUCCCAUCGCAUCCACCUCGGCGCAGACACUCGACGCCCUUCCAGCCGUACCGUCGUCGUCUGCCUCCACGACGAACCCAGCCGAGUUGAAUCAGCUCGUCACGGAUGCCGCCGCUCCUCAGCCCACCCAGCUCGGCGACAACGCAGCUAUCGUCGACUCCGACUCCAUCUCAGCUUCGCUUCAGGCAGCCACUGCUGGGCUCAAUGAGGAGGAUGCCAAGCUGCUGGCUUCGCUCGCAGAGGGCAAUGGCCUCUUGUCUCAUCUCUCCAACCUGGCCGCACAAAACGGCAGCUCCACGGACCUCAUAAAUGCGUAUGCCGGUGGCCUCAACCUCGACCCUUCUUCCGCCAUGCCCUUCUCCACCGACCCGGCCGCCUUGAAUGCCGCACAACAAGCCUUCCAAGGCGCCGUCGACCUCAACGAGGCCCUCACGCACCAGGAUAUGCUCUGGGACGACGACGCCUUUGACGAUCUCGAACCCGAGGACGAAGACGGCGAGGACCAGGGACCCAUCCAGGCCUACGCCAAGCUCGAAUUCCCCGGCUUCUCCUACUACAUCCAGACGCUCGACGUCACCAUCGGCCGUCGUCCCGGACAGCUCCAGCCCAACCAGCGCCCGGGCGCCCAACCGCCUCAAUUGCCCAAUGCCGCCUCGGGCCUUUCUCAGGCGCACAUCACCUCGGAAUCCAAGACCGAAGGCGAUGUCGAUGUCGACCUCGGCCCGCUCAAAUCCAUCUCCAGGCUCCAUGCACGCAUCUUUUACUACACCGGCCCCAUCCAUCCACCCAAUACCGCUUUCCUCAACGGCACCCCCGCCCACAGCCGUGCUUCCAGCGCUACGAGCGCUCAUCAGAACGUCGCUCCCUACCGCAUCACUUCGCCUGCUUCCCUCAACCGUGUCAACGGCGCACACCUCGCCGGCACCGAUUCGACUUCCGGGUCCGAUCUCUACCAGGCUAGCCUUGGCGCCGAACCCGAGCAUGGCGAUGGCCAGUUCGUGCUCAUGGUCGUCGGGCGCAACGGCGCAUUCGUCGAUGACGUCUGGGUCGAGAAGGGCGGUCUCGUCGUGCUCGGCAAACGCACAAAGAUCCAGAUCGCAGAGCGCGUCUUCUACUUUGUCCUCCCGCCUCCACCCGGCGCAGCCGCCCACAGUGACGACGGCGACAGCCAACGCGCUCACGACUCCGAGUCCGACUCGCUCUCGGAUCUCAGCAGCGAAGACGGUUCCGACGACCAGGACGACGAUGACCAGGAAGACGACGAAGAAGCAGACUCUUCCAGUUCCGUGUCCAGCCAGGAGGGAGAGGAUGAUGAUUAUGACGGCGAGGACGUCGCUACAGCGAACAAGACCAGUGGCCGCAGAAAGUCUUCCGCUAGCAAAGCGGAAGCCGACAAGCCGAAGCGCAGACUCGUCCUCAAACCCAAAUCCAGAGUGGGCAAGCCAUCUGCAGCGGCCAACUCCGCUGACGAGUCGGGUGCGGACGAGCCCAUGGUCGAGGAGUCAGAUGCAGUAGAUGCAGGUAGAAAAGGCAAAGGCAAGGCGCAAGCCAGAGGGAAGCCGGCUGCAAAGACCACAGCCGCUGCUCUCGCCAACAGAGCCGCUGGCAAGGGCAAAGGAAAGGGCAAAGGUUUCACCCGCGGCAAGAUGCCCACCAAAGGCCCCCUGCCCGACUCCAGACCCGGCGGCGACGACAGCGACAGCCUCGGAACACCGAGUGCGGGCGAGGAGCACAGCGAAGACGAAGACCAGGACGAUGGAAUCACCACGCCUCCUCCUCCAACAACAGGCAAAGCAGGCACGGCCGCAAAGCGCCCUGGCAAAAGCGUCAAGGGACUCAAAGGCGCCCAGAAGGCCAAAGCGGCCCGUGGCAGCAAGGCCAAUGCGGCUCCAGACCAGGGCGAGGCUUCCGAUGAUGAUGUGGCAGCAGAUGCGCCAGACGCCGCGAUCAAGAAGGAGUCUCCCACGCCCGCCUGGGCCAUGGGUGCAGGCGUCGCGGGUCGCAAGAGGAAGCGCGGCGACGCUGUGGCAGACGAAGAGCCUGCGCUCAAGGUGGGAACUCCCAUCGGCAUCGAGGCUCUCGACGCCGCAAAGCGUGCCAAGGCUGCGAAAGCCCGAGCCGACGCUUCUUCACGCGCAUCUGCCAGCCCCAAGAAGGACGCCACCACAGUCGCGAGCGCCGUCGCAGACGAUGACGAUGUUGUCAUGCUCGAUGUCAAGCCCGCCACGCCUAAGCCACCGGCAGCAGCAACAUCCGCAGCAGCAGCAGCGGCAGACACGACAUCAUCUGCAACUACUGCCUCAAAGACAUCCGCUGCAGCCAAGCCGACGUCUGCCAAAGCUGCCGUCACGACAGCCAACAAGGCAGUCUCCAAGGCUGCAGAGGCUACCACGCCAGCUUCGAAACCUGCAGCCAAGGCCAAGCCCGCCAAACCAAAGGCGGCCAAGCCGAAGAAGAAGAAGGGAGCAGCCGCAGACGAGACCCCCGCCAUUUCCGAGGCUCCGGGUCAGCCCGCCAACGCGACGCCAGGCGUCGGUCCAGGCGCUGCGUCGAUGCCCGUGGGUGCGUUCCCGGGCGCAUACAGCGCAACGAGCAUGUAUCCGUCCUCCGUGCCGUACGAUCCAAGCUCGGCCAAUGCGGCUUCCACCAUCAUUGCUGCGGCCAACGCGGUCUCGGGCUCGAUGCCAAACUAUGGCCAGCCCCAGGCUGCGGUCUUGCCUCACGCUGUCGGCCAGAUGGCAUCCCCUCUGCCGAUGAUCCCUUCUGCAGUCGCUGGACGUAACGGUGGCGUCCCGGGUGCGUUGUCAUCGCUCCCCACGUCGGGACCAACGAGUACGCAACCGACCGUGGCGCCGAGCACUUCCAUUAGCAAUGCCUCGGGAUCAGACGCAUCCACGUGGCCCACUACGGCGAGCAUCAUUGCCUCGGCAGCCAGCCUCGCCAAUGCAGCCAAGCAGAGCCAGACGCCGGCAAGCAAUGCGGCAAACAAUGCGGCAAGCAACGCUGCUGCUGGAAACAAUGCUGGAAACAAGACGGGUGGUGCUGCUGCGGCUCCAGCUCAUGCAACGCCCAAGCCACCGCCUGGACCCGAAGACAAGCCGGACCUGUCCAACAUUGAGCUCAUCUCGCAAGCGCUGCGCUCGGACCAUUGUGCCAAGAGGGGCGGCAAACUCACGCUGCAGGAGGUGUACGAGUGGAUCGCCAACCGAUGGAUCUGGUUCAAGCGCAACGGUCGGCACACGGGUCGAGACUGGCAGAGCUCCAUCCGUCAUGCGAUCGGUUCGUCGCGCGACUUCACGCGCAUCCCGCGCAGGUCCGACGAACCGGGCAAGGGCAUCUUCUACACCAUGUCGGAUUCCAAGCUCGCCGAAGAGCAUCGCGCCAACCUUGCCAAGCAGAAGGAGGAGGCGGCCAAGGCGGCGGCAGCAGCACCCGCUGCGCCCGCCAAUGCUGGACCGGCCGGAAGCCUGCUGUCGGGUGGCGCCCCGAUCCCCGGUGCCGAUUCGCAGACAGCCUCGGGAGGCAGCGCUGCUGCCACAGCCGUUGCUGGGGCUGCUGGAGGCGCAGCUGCGGGCUCGUUGCCAGCGAUCCGGAUCCCUCUUAUCAUCGGAACGCCACCUUCGUCUGCGACCGCCGCUGCGGCCGACAAGCCCAAGGCGGCACCGGGCACGAUCGAGUCGCUGCUAGAGACGCCGCCGAUUGUGCACCACGACGGAAAGCUCUACCUGAGUCCGCAGGUGUUUGGCCAUCUGAACGCCGGGCAGCUGGCGCAGAUCGAGGGUCUGGGUGCGCAGCAGGCGCUGCAGGUGCUGCAGGCCUAUCUGGUGACGCAUCUGAAGGAACGCAUGCGGGUGCAGCAAGCUGCGGCGCAGAAGAAGGACGUGGAUGCGGCGGCUGCCAAACCUGCCUCGACCCCGGCCAAGGCUUCGUCGGCUGCAACUGCGGCUCCGGCCAAGGCUGCUACGGUGGCGCCUGGUGUAACUGGCGCUCAGGCCGGCUCGGCGAACGGGCACGCGCCUGGAGUGAGGCCUGCAUCUAGUGCGGCUGCCGGGCCGAGUACAGUGGCGGCGACAGCCUCGCUCCCCCGACCACCGGUUGCGGGUACGCCUUUGCUGCCAAAGCCAGUGUUGCCAUCGCCGGUCAAGCCUUCGAUUCCAACGAGCGCGCAGAGCAAUGGUGCAGCAGCGGGCGUCAAGGGUACACCCUCGGCCAGCACGGCGGCUGCAUCCGGCCCAGCUCCAAGUGUCAAGGCGCCAGUAGCGCCGGCGACGGGUUCCAAGGAAGCUGCCAAGAGCAAUCCUGCUGUGGCCACGACGGCAGCGGCUGGCGCGACGGCCAAGACGCCGGUGCUGCCGAGCACGCCGCUGCGAACCUCGGCAGCCGGUGCUGGUGGUGCGCCGAAGCCGAGCACGCCAGCGCCAGCGCCAGCGACCAAAGCGGCGACCCCGGCGCCUGCUACUCCACAAUCUGCAACGACGCCAGCCAAGCCCGCGUCGUCGGCAUCUGCGACGGCCAGUACGUCUGGCACGCCCAAUGCAGCAGCGGCGGGUACGAGCGCGACGGGUGGCGAGGGCGACGAUCCGCUUUCGGCGCUGUCUGCGCUGGCGGCGCAUCCGGAGGCGGCGGCGCUGAUUGCGCUGCUGCGAAAGCAGCAGGAGGGCGGAGCGAGCGGCGGCAAGCAGAUGGCCAAGCUCACGCCGGGCCAGCUGCAGUUGCUCCAGAUGGCCAACAAGCUGGCGGCGCAGCAGGGCAAGAAGAAGAAGAAGAAGGCCGCGGCGGGCGGCGCGGGUUCGCGAGAGGCAACGGCAACGCCGGGACCGAGCGGGCCAGAAUCGUCGCCUGCCGUGGGCGGGCCAAGUCCGAGUCCAGGCCCCAAGGCGGGAUGA